AUGGCCCAGCUUCCAGAAUCGGGGGGCAAGUCCAAGCAGGCUGUCAGUGGCAGCACGCAGUCGGAACGGAUGUCUUCAUCCGAUGACCAGAUAGAUCGCGAGGCCGUCAUGCCCAGGCAGGGUGGCGGCGACGGAGAGGAGGAGCAAGAAGACUAUGACAUAGAGACGGUGGAGAGAGUAUACAGGAAGCUGGACCGACGCAUCAUCCCGCCGUUCUGGAUCUUGUAUUUCCUCUGCUCGGCCAUCCGAUCGAACAUUGGCAUCGCGCAGACCAUGAACGCCGACGUGGGGCACGACCUCAUGUCAGUUCUGGGCCUGACGGCACGGGACACGUCGACGGCCUUGGCCCUUUUCUACGUCUCUUACGUCAUAUUCGACUGCCCUUCCAACCUGGUCAUGAGCAGGCUGAGCCCGCGCGUGUGGAUGGCCCGCAUCGUGUUUGCCACGGGUCUCGUGGGUGCCUGCUUCGCCGCUGCCCAGGCUGCGUGGAGCAUCAAGCUGCUGCGCUUCCUGCUCGGCGUCGUCAUCGCGGGAAUGUGGCCGGGCAUGUCGUACUACCUCACACUCUUCUACCCGCCGUCGCGCACGGGCAAGCGAAUCGGCAUGUACUUUACGGCGUCGCAAGUCUCGGCUGCCGUCGUCGGGCUCGUGUCUGCCGGCUUUCAGCUCAUGGAUGGCGCUAUGGGCAUCGUCGGCUUCCGAUGGAUGUUCCUCGUCUAUGGGGUUAUUGCCAUCGGCCUCAGCUUCGUCCUCUUGUGGUGGCUACCUGAGAGACCCCUCGCGCCUGGACAGGCCAGGGAGAAGUCGUGGUCUUCGCGAUUCCUGCCCCCAACCCCCGAGGCACUGACUGGCUACGACGCCAUUGUCCACUACCACGAUCUCAAGCGUGUGUACCAUUCUCGCCCUUGGUCCGCCAAGGACCUUCUUCUCGUCUUCCUGGACUGGCGUAUCUGGCCCCUCACCAUCAUGUACUUUGGCGUCGUGGGCGUCGGUAUCGGCACCCAGAUGUACGGGUCUGUCAUCAUCGCCAGCAUCCAGCCGGACGCCAGCGAUGUUACAAUCAGCCUGCUCUUUGCGCCCAUCUGGAUCAUGGACCUCAUCGCCAUCCUCAUCUUUAUGCCCAUCUCUGACCGCUUCCACGAGCACCGUGCUCUCAUCUUUUCAGGUGCCACCUGCAUUCAGAUUGCCGGUCUGCUUCUGUCGACUUUCGCGACCAGCAACGGCUGGGCCCGGUACGGCGGCCUCCUGAUGGUGGGCUUUGGCCUGGGCCCCACGGUGCCCAACUGCAUGGCGUGGAGCAACCAGAUAUUCCAGAAGCGUCAUGGCGAGGUCGGCGUCGCCGCCGCCUCGGCGCUCGUUUCCGGGCUGGGUAACCUGGGCAGCGUCACCACCACAUACGCCCUGUACACGGGGUGGCCAGAGGAUGCCGCACCAGGCCCGCACCAGUACCGCCGCAGCAACCUGACCAUGAUUGGCAUCCUGGUUGCCAGCAUCCUCAGCUCGUUCGUCAUGGUGGCCCUGCUCAAGAUCCUCGGCAACCCGCCCAGCAACAAACUACGGGAGCAGCAGCAUCAGCAGAGCGGUGGGGAGCUCGAGGACGGUGCGGCGAGGCGGGAGCUCCAGCAGCGCGGCUUUGGAAAGUCGCUCCGACCGGCAGCUGCCAAGUAA